UUGUUAUUAUAUGCUGCUGCUCCUCUUUCUUGUGUGCUCUUUUUUCAACUAUUGUCAUUUUUCACAGUUAAUUUGGACAGUUUUGGACACACAUUUCAAAAGAGCUUUUAGAACAAGAACUAUUUUAAGGACACUGACUGGGAUUUAAAUGACAAUAAACAUUGGAUCCAGGAGGAAUACAAUAUCACUAUAAUUUUUUAACUUUUGACCAAGUUGAACUUGAAAAUAUUGAGGACAUUGAACAAUAUAUAUUCAAUGUUCGGCAUUAUUAUUAUUAGCUGUGCAUCAUGCAUUGACUUGGAGAGGCAAAAGUCGUAGUUAACUAUUUUCUAUUUGGUUGUUUCGGUAGGCCUUGAUAAAACAAGUAAACUUGCCAAAUUAAAUACUCUAUUAAACGUGAAUCAAGAAUAUUUGUCUACGAAUUGAAUUAUCGUCAACUAGCCAUUUACAUUUUGACCAGGAUUCAUAACAAUGGAGUGUCGCGUGGAAUUUGACUACACUGCUCAAGAAGAUGACGAGUUGACCUUAAGAAAAAACGACGUUAUUACAAAUGUCGUUCCCAAGCUCGAUGGCUGGUGGGAAGGACAUCUCAACGGGAAAAUAGGAAUGUUUCCAGACAAUUUUGUAAAGAUAAUUGAAAAGCCAGCCAAUCCUGUCACACCUCCAGAACCUGUUCUUCCUGCACUGCAGAAACCUUCGUCUCAGAGCAAUGUGAUCUUGCGGAGCAAUUCAAACAAAACCAGCCGCCGGUUAAAAGCCUUAUUUUCGUACUCUCCUGAGCAAGAUGACGAACUUAGAUUGGACGUUGGGGACGUAAUAGACUACAUAGCAGAAGUUGAAGAGGGUUGGUUUCGAGGUCGUCUGCGUGGCAAAAUUGGAAUAUUCCCUUCAAAUUUUGUAGCGGACGUGGACCCUGCUGAUGCGAAUUCGAAUGGAAAGAGUGAACAAACAGAUCCUAAGCACAAUGAGCAAAGCAAACAAUCCAAAGUCACGACAAGCAGAGUGUCACUGUCCGAUGUAACCCCUCCAGCUCCUCCGACAUCAGAACCUCCACCCAUGGAAGAUGACGAUUUACCACCACCAGUCCUGCCUCCCAAACCUGUACGGGAACAGGGGAGAUGUUUUUAUGCAUACGAAGCUCAAAAUGAUGAUGAAUUAUCAUUGGCAAUUAAUGAUAUAGUCCAAAUCAUUUCCAAAAAUUGCGACGACGAAGGUUGGUGGAGAGGCGAGUUACGUGGAAAAACAGGGCUUUUUCCGGAUAAUUUUGUCAAGAUAAUUUCUGCUAAUGAAAGUUCUACAUUGAGCAAACAACCCUCCUUGAAUUCCACCGUUACACCAGGCCCAAAAAUUUCACCUCAAGAGAGGACAAAUUUAAUUGGUGUGAAGCCAAUAAAUUCUGGAGUUAGUAUUGAACGGACCCCAUCCAGUGGAAGUGACAAAAACGUGGGGAUUGACAAUAUCAAUAAAGGGUCGACAAAGAAGACGAAUGGAGUCAAUGAUGCUGUUGACGGGAUAGGAAGUAGCAAACCAAAGCUAAAAGAGGACGGGGGACAAGAAAGUGUUUCCUCCAAAGUGCAACGAUUUUCACAUAUGAACUUAAAUCCGGGAAUGAAACCGGCAACCCCAACUUCCCCUGUAUCUUCCAGUGGAGGAGUGUCCCCUUUUUCACUCUCCACGACCAUGAACUCGUCUAGAGAUUUUGGAGAUGAUGAAGAAAUUGGUGACUUUAAUUCAGUUGAACGAUCAGAAAAUAAAUUGAGCCAUUUAACUGCCGGACGGGCAAAAGCUCCAAGAAGACGACCUCCUUCCACAAUUAUCGGAAAAGAAGGGGAGGAAAAUGGUAUAAAUGGAGUAUACAACUCGCACGACUCGUUUGAAUCCACACCCAACAACCAUAGUACACCGUUGAACUUGUCUUUAAACAACAGUAUCAGCCAAAGUAAUACCCCAUCAAAUUCAAUGUUGGACAAUUCAAACGUUUCAGAAAAUGGGAGCUUUGAUGGUUCUGCUGGUGGGAGUGCGUCGAAAGCAAAGAAGGUUCCUCCAUGGAUGGCAGAAUUGAAACAAAAACAGGACAAGAAAGCUUUGAAUUCUACAACUUCUCCAAACACGACAACAUCAUUAGCUGGAUCCCCGUCACUUUUGACAUCAUCGUCUACUCCGUUGCCUCAUGUUACUCCGACACCACCAAUUGCUCAUGCAGGAAGUAUCGAGAAAGAGACCAUUGUUUCAACUCCUGCAGUAAAAGCCCCACCACUUCCUGCCAAGCCAAAUACUCUUGUCACCAGCAGCAACUCGAUCGACAAGAGCAGCCCCACGGUAGUGAGCCCCUCCACACACCUCUCCGGUGCCCCAAUUGUUGCCAACAGAUUGUUGGGAAAGAAGCCACCUGCCCCCGGUUUUAUUCCAAACACUAAUCAUUCACACGUUAGCAAUGACAUGAAUGGGAGCGAUUCAAAAAACCAUGUGUCUUAUGAAGAUUACGCCAAAUUACGAGAUCGAGUUAUCAUUCUUGAAGCCGAACUGGAAACUGUUCGACGGCAGGUGAAAUUACUUCUAGAUAGAGAAUUAAGCCAAGGUCACAUUGUUUGACUUAAAAGUUGAAGCAAUAAAUCAGUUGCUGUUAAUAUUAAGCUUCAAUCGUAAACAUUCCUGUAACUUUUUCCCAUAUAAUUAUACGAUUAUAUAUAUAUGUAUAUAUUUGUGUAACGACUAGACGUAUUUACGUGAACAAGUAACAGACAGUACAUUCCAAUUAAAUUAUUCAUUCCCAUUUGUAACCCUGAUAGGUUCCAGUAUACAUACAUGAGUCAUUUAUUUGUUAUUCAACAAUUAAUGGUUAAUUUAAAUAUGGCAAUAACAUUGCUAUCAUCAUCCUACAGUAAACACACUUAUCUAAUUUUAAUUAUUUAGCUUUUUGGUGCCGUAUUAAUUGUAUGGAUUGUAUUGAUGUUAAUUAUCCGGAAUUUUAAUAAGACAAACAUUGAUGAAUACAACGAUUUGACUCGUGGUAGGAAAAUACACAUAAAACCAUAUAAUUUACAAAUAUCUAUAACUUAAGCUAUUCACUUUGAAUAAUAUGUAAGUAUAUUUUCAAUACAAAAUUAAUUUUACGAUAUGACAAAAGUUUUUACAGUAAUGAAAUGUCGAGAUAUGCCAUAAUAACUUCAAAACCCCAUUUUUUUCAGCUAGUUGUGCUUGAGUAGGCUUAAAUAAACCAUGUUUUCACUAAACGAGCUCUAUGCUUAACAUACAUACAUUUCCAAACCUCGUGUAUGUAUUUUAUCCAAAGUGCACAUAUCUUUUACAUGCGUUGUAAAUUGUAAUACAUAUUCUGUUCUACUUUUAUAUCUUUGGUACUGACUGUCAAUUAACAAAAUUAUGGUUGCUUGUGAAAAAUUGGUUGUAUUGUCGAAAAAAGGACAUUUUUAGCAAAUGUUUAACAUAGUUUAUGCUGUAUUUAUAUUUAUUCACAUAAAAUAACCCAACUAUAAAUGUUAACAGCCGUGAUUUGUUUAUCGUAUCACGCACGUAUGUAACAUCCAAUGUUCAAAUAUCCAUUACCACUGUGAGUAUUUACCUUCCAUUUUUGCAUGUAAUUUUCCAACUAAUUUUAUAUACCAUAGUACACGCACACAUUUGUUUGCCAGCGAUUAAAGUAAUUAGCCCGGAAACAUGUCAUUUUAUUCUAUACAAUAAUAAUUACGUAUGUACAAUAGAUAAUUGGUGAUUGUUUAAAGAACAAGUUUGGAUGAGCCGGCAAAAUACUUUUGAAGCACUAGUGUACCUAAUCAAAAUGGUAUUUUAAAUACUUAACGAAAUUAUGUAAGUAGCAUUGCCCAGUAAUGCACAAGAAAUUGUACUUUGUGUAAAAACCUAAUAAUGCAAUACCCGCAUAUACAUAUAUAUUAAGCAACAAGCUUAUUUUCAAGAAAAAGUGACAUGAACCAAAUAUUUAUUUAUACUAUGACCUACACUUUUAUUAUGCCAUAGGCACACAGUACUUUACAGAAACCAAAAUGUGUAUUCUUCAAUAAAACCGAUUUUCGCAAUAAAAAGUUAAUUCAUUUUUCCGUG